CACGUUUUCAAGUCCACAAUAUCUGACAGCUCAUGGAACGAAUCAUGAAAUAUGUCCAUCAUCACUUUUCGUAGGUACCAAGUGGACAAUUUUCAAAAGUUUGCAGUUUAACAAUUUUUUUUCAUAAAAUACUUGCUGCUAAUUAACUUGAUGAGCAUUACACACGUGGUUUACUUAUUUGUGCUCACUUGUUGUAACUCAAAUCUCAAUAGUUCUCGAAUAGCUUUGUUUGAGAAUACAAUUUUUGAAUUUAAUAACAAAUAUUUCAGAGUUUGAGAUUUAUAAUAUCGAGGCAGCUGCAUAAUGAUCUUCGGAAUGCAUUUCAAAGCUUUUAUUAUUGGAACUUUCCUCAUAUCUCUUCUACCUGGAGGAUCUGUGCAAUACUGCCGAAAUCACGUGACCUUCAAUCCUGGCUGCCCUUUCUAUCGCUGUCCUCUGUUCUUCUUCCCUCCUUGUUUCCAUUUCCUUCCUUCUUCUUAUCCUUCCUUUCCUCCUUCUUAUCCUUCCCCUCCUCCUGCUCCCACACGUCGUUCUUCUGCAUCAUCACCUUCUUCCAACGAUGAUUCUGAUUUUGAAAUUUCCGAAAUUGCCACAUUCGGAUUCCUGGAUAGUUUGAUGCUUCCCUUCAAAGGACGAUCCGAUACUGCAGCGCCCCAAAAUGAAACAAAGACUCCACUAGUACCCGACACUACAAAACCAAAAAUCAUCUUCAAAACAAAGUCCAAUGAUGAAAAAGUAAUAUUUAAUGCACAUAACGGCGAAAUUACAUUUGGAGGAAUUAUGGCAUAGGAAUUUUGAUAACUUGUUAAUAAGUUAAAAAAAGGAUUUCUUGUGUAAUUUUGUCUAUAGUCUAUAGUGAGGUCCACAUUAUAAUGGCACUAUUUAAAUAACACUGGUGUUGCUGUCCUUGUUUAUCAUUCGACAAAGCAGAUAGCACUAUCCUUUUCUAGCUCCGCAAAGUUGCCAGAUCAUUUAUCAGCAAUGUUGAAAUAUUAUCAUUAAUUCAUAAAAUAAUCAAUCAUGAAAAAUCGUUAUAUGUAAUCAUUGAGGAAUACUUUUCCUUGACGAGAGAAACAUAACUGAUAAUUUCAAUCAAAAAUGAACAGAUUAUCACAUCAGAUAUACCGGUAUCAGUUAUCCAAGGCAGUGGCAAGGCAGAGAAUCGGCAAAGUUGUUAUCCUAUCUUUCUCCACUGUCAUUAUAACGUGGAACUCUCUACAGUGAGAUUCACAUUAUGAGGUCAGUGGAAAUGAUAGGUCAACAGAGUUGCCAAGUUUUAUAAUUCAACCGCCUUCCAUAGUAGAUAGCUGUGAUUUGAGUCAUCCCAAU